AUGGCGCGAUUCUUUGAUUUGGAAGAGGAGGGUGACGAUGGCGCCAGUCAUCCGCCCGAAGAUCUGAUUACACAGACGUUGCAAUCGAAGAGCCAGCCACAGAAUAAAGGUGGCCAGCUUGCAACGGCGCCAGCUGCCACGUCGCAUUGUUCAGAAUCAAUUGCUAGGGCAUUUCAGUGUUAUCCCAUCAUUUCCUCAAUCGUCUCGUCCAUCGAUUUGAAUACACUAGACUCUCUGGCACGCUCGUGUCGUUCUGUACACGACGGCCUCAUUCAGUAUCGUAAUGUGCUCGUCACGUCGACAUUGCACUGCACCAAUGAGCAAGUCCCUCUGAACCCCGAGGAGCUGCUUCGCUACCGCGCCCGCGCCAGCAAUUGGCAUUACAUGGAAGACGGCCGCAACUACAACGGCAAGUCGGGCACCUGCGCUCGAGACAUGGUAGAUGAAUGUAGAAAAUGUGGCGAGGUGAUCUGCCGAAACUGUUCAAUUAAACCGCCUGCGCCAGUCGCGCUCCGUGAAAGACAUCGUAGGCUGUGCAGAACAUGCAUCAAGGCGCCGAUUGCGGCCUUGGCGAUCCCCCGCCUCGACCCAGAGUUGCCAUUUGGCUCUGAUGCUGUGCAACAAUCCCUUUGCAAGUGCGAAAAAGCGGGUGUCUGGCUCUGCCAGCCAUGUGGCAGAAGCAUCCGAGCGGCUGACCAUGAAUACCGAAGUAUAUGGCGCUGGCGCAAUCAGUAUGGAGAAGUGCUUGGCGGGCUGGGCACUGGCAUUGGUGACGGUGACCGUGGCGUCAUUUGCGGUCGAGGAGAAGAGUGUCUCGCCGCCAAAGACCGCGAGCAAGAGACCGACUGCGAUGCCCAGGACGCUCGUGAAAGUGGCACAGCCCCAUGGGUCAAUGAGCCCCCAGUGUGGACGACAACAUCAACGCCUUCGCCUCCCGCCCUGGGUGUGUCUGAUAGUCCUGCGGGGUCACCGUUUGGGCCAGCCACGCCUCUCGGGGCACUCAUUGAAGAAGAGCGCCAUGAACGCACCCCAUCGCCCCAGCUGGGCCCUGGCUAUGAGCGGCAUGAGAUUGAGGGGAUUGGCGGCAGAGUCAAGCGCAAGCUAGUCCGCAUGGUCCGGAUCGGUGCCUGCGUCCCUGAAUGGGACGAUGAAAAGGGCUUCGGUGGUCGUGUGCUCGAAUCAGAAAUCAAAGGCUGCGCCCGGAGUUGGUGCGGCUGGUGCUGGAGGGUGAUUCCCGGCAAGAAGGACCUCCAUGUCGACAAGGCCUCCUCGUUUAGCGGUUGUGAAAACCGUCAGUGUGCCCUAUAA